AUGAGAAGUCUAUACGAUGACUUCUCGUACUCGCACGCAGCAGUAGAGCACAGCGCACAUAGGAAUGUCUACUUUUUGCCGUGGCGUAUGUUCCGUCCCCUCUCAACCUUUGUUCAACACUUCUAUAUUGACACCUGCGCAGACCGCUGGUUCCUCUAUCUGUUCGACGCGUCUCUCCGCCAAAACUGCGGGUACGGCGGUCCAACGCCAUACUGGGACUGGUCGCGCGAUCACGCGGACCUGGUCGGCUCUUCCGUGUUUGAAGAUUCACCCGAGUUUGGACUAGGCGGGACUGGAGACUGUAGUUCUUCCCCUGAGGCUGAUUGCAAGGUCACUACAGGCGCUUUUGCCCAGUUGGAGCUUGCCUGGCCGAUCCCUCACCCACUGCGUAGGAACUUGACGCUCAUCACUGGGUGGUUCGAUCAUGAGAAGCCCCAGAACUCCACACUGGGCCCAGACUCUGUGCGGAACUCGACUGAACAUCACACGGGCGAUUUUUACAGUUUCCAGCACUCAAUGGAGCAGAUGCAUAAUCAUGUCCAUAACUUCGUUGGCGGUGACUUGGCGGGGGACUGCCUAAAGAAACUACUAGCGGAGGGUUGCAAGGACCUAGCCGUCGCCUUUACGCCUAACGAAUCUCUAUUUUAG